CACCAGCCUUCUUUUGUAGCAUGAUUUUUUAUUCAUUUACGGACCUUUAUAAGAAGAUUAAGUGACGUGUGAUCCUUGUUGUUGUUUUUGUCUCUUGCUUUAAACUUCAAUUUGUUCAAUUCGUUUGAGGCCGACGCGUCCACCAACCCGACAGAUGGGCUCUAUUAUAACCACGACACCACAUUCCACUACCUCAAGCGGCCAAGAGAAUUUGCGUACUUGUGCUGUUUUGAUUGGCUUGGCUUCUAUCGUCGUUCUCCUAAGAAUCUGGGUGAGAAUCAGUCAGCUUCAACGUCUUCAAGGCCACGACUGGCUGUGUAUCGUAUCCCUGAUUCUUUAUUGCGCCCAAUGUGGUCUCAUAAUCGACUUUAUCGUCAGACAUGGCGCGUUUGAAACCGGCCCCCCUUUGAAGCCUCCCGAGGUGACCGAACUUUUGAGAAUGACCUGGAUCUGCGAGUUCCUGCUUAGCGGAAUUAUUACUACUGUGAAAUUGAGCAUCUUAUGGUUUUACUACUCAAUAUUCUCAGUAAACAAGACCUGCAGGCGGGCAACCUUAACCACAGCCGUUUUAUGUAUCAUCUGGUUCAUCAUCGCUAUAUCUAUCAUAAUAUUUCAAUGCGACCCUAUCGACGCGUUCUGGACUCAGCUUGACUCGGAACUCUUUUGCCUCAAUUCAACGGAUUUCCUUUUAGGGUAUGAAACAACAAAUCUACUCCUGGAUGUGGUAAUCCUCUGUAUCCCUUUUAGCAUGUUAGGAAAGCUCCAGCUAUCUGCGCCAAGGAGGAUCUCCCUCUUAGUUAUUUUUAUAUUAGGAGGACUCGUAUGUAUUACAAGCAUCGUUCGCUUGAAAGCGAUAUAUCCACUUCCAGACCCAACCAAGAAUUUUGACUUUAGUGUCCUUAUGCUAUGGGGAGAAAUACAGUCAGGUGUAGCUAUCCUCUGCGCCUGCCUCCCUACACUUGGGCCCCUCUUUAAUGAUGAUUCCAAGGCUAUAAGAGCGAUUCGAAACUGGUACGGGUUAUCGGUAGUGAAUUCGACUAGAACCCGGGGCGUUAGCGGAAAUCAGGCAAGGGGUCCCCAUCCGAACAUGCCAGUACAUGAUUGGCCGGAAGCCGAAGAUUCGCAAGCGUCUAGGAGCUGGAUUCGUGUUGAUGAGAGCAUAUCUGAUACAUUCCCUCUGAAGCCAGUUAAACAUUAUAACGAUAGCUCGACGGGUCGGGACCCGGAACUGCAGUAACUUAGUGGAUCUGAGUCACUCAGAUGAGUUGAUUAGUGUGUCUAACGCCAGGGCCAGAAAGCAAGCUGGUUCUUAUAAAUCCCCCUGAAGAAAUGCGGCGUAUAAAAUUAUCCGACCUUAAUUUGCAUGUUAGAAAGCGCUUGACAAUAUAUGAAUAUGGCGCUCAAACGGAAAUAGAG